AUGGGCGUCCACACGCGACAUCUUGCCAAGAAGACAGAUGCCACGACCUUGGGAGAUGCCAGGACAUCUCGGACAUCUCUAGAUGCCAGGCCUCUGGGAGAUGCCACAGAUGUCAGGGCCAGAGGCAAUGGGUAUAAGAAUGUGUUGGAUUUCAUUAUUACACUCGUUGUGGUCAACUCUUCAGAAUAG